ACCUCCUGCCACGUGUCCUCCCCACCUCCACCGAUCAUUUAUAAUAAUAAUAAUAAUAAAUCUCUGGCUAUCCCUCACUCUACACUCUCUCUGUGCUUUCUCCUUUCUUCUUUCUUCUGUGUUCGCUUAGUCGUCUGUCUUCUUCCUUCGUUCUUUCUCCGCCGCGAAAAAUCCUGCGUGGCUCUCCGCAGGCCAUGCGAAUUAGGGUUUUGUAGAAUUGAUCGAUUUCCGGCUGGAACAGGAGGCGGACACUUCUCUGUUUUACGAUGGCCACUCCGACGACUGCCGCUGCUUCUUGUUCUUCGUCGUUUCUAUCUCCGAGUACUGUCUCCAAGCGCCGUGUUUCACUCUCCGGACGCAGUUGCGGUCUCAAUUUGUGUUCUAGACGGAGUGUUCAGCUCAGCUACAGCUACCGGUCUCUCCGGCUCCGGACUCGAGUUCGAGCUGGCAAGGAAGAGAGUGCCGGCGCGGUGAUUGAGGAGAGGGAGCUGUUGAGGAAAUUGAACGGGAAUGGAGCUGCUGGUGGUAGUGCAGGAAAGUACGGGAGUAACGGAUCGCUUAGUAAUGGAAGUUUGGUUGCGGUGGAGAGCGAGGUCAAUGGUGGGAGUAACGGUCGAUUGAACAAGUACGUGAAUGGGAAUGGUGGUGUUUCCGCUGCGGAGACGGCGGAGGAUGGGAGGAAGAAGCGGAUUGAGGAGGUUGGGAAGGAAGAUGCGUGGUUUAAGCUCUCUGGUCCGGGGGAGGUUGAGGUUUCUGUUGCGCCCGGGGGAAGAUGGAAUAGGUUCAAAACCUAUUCCACCAUUCAAAGAACUGUGGAAAUUUGGGGAUCUGUCUUUACUUUCGUCUUCAAGGCUUGGUUGAACAGUCAGAAGUUUUCUUACAGAGGGGGGAUGACAGAGGAGAAGAAAGUUGUGAGGAGGAAGGCACUGGCCAAGUGGCUAAAAGAUACUAUACUCAGACUUGGUCCCACAUUCAUCAAAAUUGGCCAGCAGUUCUCCACAAGAGUGGACAUUCUCGCUCAAGAAUAUGUUGACCAAUUGUCAGAACUUCAGGAUCAAGUUCCUCCUUUCCCAUCUGAGACUGCUCUUUCUAUAGUCGAAGAAGAGCUUGGAGCACCUGUGGAGGAUGUCUUUGAGCGGUUUGAUUUCGAGCCAAUAGCGGCAGCAAGUCUUGGUCAGGUUCACCGUGCAAGACUCAAAGGACAGGAAGUAGUUAUUAAAGUACAACGGCCUGGUCUCAAGGAUCUUUUCGACAUUGAUCUCAAGAAUUUGAGGGUAAUAGCAGAAUAUCUUCAGAAGAUCGAUCCAAAGUCGGAUGGGGCAAAGAGAGAUUGGGUUGCAAUUUACGACGAGUGUGCAAGCGUACUGUAUCAGGAGAUUGAUUACACCAAGGAAGCUGAAAAUUCAGAGCUCUUUGCUAGUAAUUUCAAGGACAUGGAUUACGUAAAAGUGCCAAAUAUUUAUUGGGAAUACACCACACCUCAGGUACUAACAAUGGAGUACGUCCCUGGGAUUAAAAUAAAUAAAGUAGAGGCUUUAGAUAAGCUGGGUCUGGAUCGCAAAAGGUUGGGCCGGUAUGCUGUUGAAUCUUACUUGGAACAAAUUCUUUCUCAUGGAUUUUUCCACGCUGAUCCUCACCCAGGAAAUAUUGCCGUAGAUGAUGUCAAUGGCGGAAGACUGAUCUUUUAUGAUUUCGGAAUGAUGGGAAGUAUCUGUCCAAACAUCAGAGAAGGGUUGCUGGAAGUGUUUUAUGGAGUUUAUGAAAAGGAUGCAGAAAAGAUUCUCGAGGCAAUGGUCCAAAUGGGUGUCCUUGUGCCUACGGGAGAUAUGACAGCUGUCAGAAGAACUGCUCAAUUUUUCCUUAACAGUUCCAAGAACGUCUUGCUGCACAAAGACGGGAGAGGGAAAUGGCGACAGCAGAGCUUGGGUUUAAAAAGCCUUUAUCCAAGGAGGAAAAAUUGGCCAAAAAGAAAGAGCGUUUGGCGGCAAUAGGUAAGUUCGCAUUGCACUCCGGUAGAUGAAUUAUGUUUUCUUUGGUUAAGCUUUUGUAAGCUUGCAUUGCAAUCCAGUAGACGAAUUACUGUUUCUUUGGUUAAGCUUUUGUUUUUUUGUCUCUACGAUAGUGUGUAAUCUAUCGUGAAUUUUAUUAUAAUUAUUCUUUGUAUUUUGAAUUUCAAGGAAAGGUUUUUUCACUUGCUAGUUUUUCCAUUGUGAUUGAGCCAUGCAAGUAACGGUUAUUUUCCUCCUUAUUUCAGUAGAAAACACUAAAGUGACUCUUUCUAUAAUUUCUGAACAGGGGAAGAUUUAUUAUCCAUCGCUGGAGAUCAACCUUUCCGAUUCCCUGCCACUUUCACAUUUGUUGUAAGAGCAUUUUCAGGUAUAAUCGUGUGGUUAAUUAACUCGGUCAAUAGUAGUAUAUGAUUUUGUGCAUAGCAUAUGUCUCUUACCGUUAACUUAUUUUCUUCACAGUAUUGGAUGGGAUUGGAAAGGGCCUCGACCCUUGUUUUGACAUUACAGAAAUCGCCAAACCGUGAGUCCUUUUUGGUUGGCAGUUCUCUCACUCAAACUACUUUGAUUUUGAACUUCUAGAAAUCUUGGUGCUUGACACAUCCUUUGUUGUUAAUCCUGCCAGGUAUGCGCUAGAGCUGUUGAAGUUCCGGGAAGCUGGGGUUGAAGUAGCGGUGAAGGUAAAAUCAUUUGCUUCUGUACCCCCUCUUAUGAGUCUUGCUACCCUACUAGCACUCACGUGUAUGAAUGUUUGCAGGAUCUCAGAAACAGAUGGGAUAGGCAGUCCCGUGCGUUCUACAACUUGUUUAGGCAGGCCGACAGAGUUGAAAAGCUUGCAGAAACUAUCCAACGAUUGGUAGGAGGCUCGAAUGAUUCUGGACGAACGAUUCAAGUUUUUAGUUUAAUCAUUUUGAAACAGUUUGGAGUCUUGGCACUAUUUUCAGGAGCAAAGGUGAUUUGAAGCUUCGAGUUCGAACACUGGAAGCUGAGAGGGCUUUCCAGCGCGUUGCUGCUGUUCAAACUACAGUGGGAAGUGUGAGUCCUUUUGCCCGAUGAUCUACUAUGAUUUGGUUCUUUCCCUUAUUAUGGGAUUUAAAUGUUAUUGAAAGAAUCUUGUUACUUUUCAUGUGAAUGGUUGUGACUGAUUAACCGGAGCAACCAUAUUUUUUGUUGCAGCUUUGGUUUCGUUAGAUUAUUUUUGCAACGUUCUCAGUAUGUUUUGUUCUGGCAAUUGAACAGGCUGUAGCUGCAGGAAGUCUAGUUAACCUUGCAACAAUUUUGUAUUUCAAUGCUAUGAGAGUAAGAUGAUCCACUAAAAUACUUGUGCCUACUCUUUCCAUCUUGCUUCUUCUGCUAAUCCAUUGACGACUUCCUGUGUAGGUACCAGCUACGAUGGCAUAUGCUGUAUGCGCCUUUUUUAGCUUAAAAGUUCUGAUAGGAAUUGUAAAGGUGAAGAAGUUAGACCAACGAGAACGAUUAAUUACAGGCACUGCUUAAAUUGGUAAGCAGGCAGCGGUCUACUCACAACUCACUGCUUAAAUAGUUGAGACCUUUGUGUGUAGAACUGUAGAUCUAUUUGUUUCAUUCCCAUCCCUCACCGUGUUUUGCAGAUGUGCGAAUGUUGGAAGGAUGGCCAAUUUUUGAGCGUGACGAUUCUGCAGUGGGGCGAACCUGCCCACCAUUUUCAAGGCAUGAGCCGCAGGACACUACCCCCUGUGUAAGUCUGUCUACUCACUCCCCCAAUUCUGAAGCAACCCUCCUUUUCUUUCUUCUUCCCUCCCACGAUUAGGAGUGCAUCAGCACCUGACGUUCAUCGUCCUGUCAAACAUAUCCAAAUGUUACGGGUUGGCGAUUGUUGUUGUAGUCUCUUUGAGAGUUCCCCCCUCUAGAGGCCAAUCCUAUGGUAGAAAGAGUCUAAGCAGAAGGUUAGACUACUGAGACUGUUGGGUGGGAGCAGGGAAAUCAACGGCAUGUCCAUAUUAACCUUAUUCUUAGUGUGUGUUGUAUAUUUGGCGAGGCUGUAGAAUGUAGUUACUGCACCGGAAUCAUCGUCUUAUGACUCACGAGAUGCUCAGAUGUGUAAGUUGUGUCUCCCACUUGUAAUAUCUCCAUCAAAUGGAAUACAUAAAACAAAUUCUGUUGUUGUAACUUACCCUCCACUUGGAGAAGAAACUCUGCUACAGUUUAUGGAGUACUUUGCUCGGAUUAGUUCCAUGUAUGAUCGUGUUCCACGAGUCCUCCUUUCGUCGAAUUUUCAACGAUGUUGUUUACAGCUAGUGCAUGAGCUGCUGCUGCUGCAGCAACAGUGAGCGGAUUUUGCUUCCGUAGCUGGAGACCAUGGUUUGGCAAAGCAGCAUCUUGCUGGGCACCAGACCAGAUCACUGUUGCUAGUUGCUCAACAUCCCUUAGUACGGAUGGGCUAAUUGCUGUCUCAUCAAGGGGAAAGCAUGGACUUCAAUAGUCCGCAAGCCCAAUUCUCCAGCAAGCCUGCCCCAGCCAGGAAGCACAGCCCAAAUCUCUUAACGGGAAAACAGUAGCCAGUUUGCCGCCGGCCCAUCAUCCACUUCCGUCGCCAAGGGGAUCGUCUUCUUUUCCGAAAUAAACAGCACCGCUGCUC